GAACAUAUUUUGAUAAGGGCUUUUAUUUUGACAUUCUAAUUUCUAAGAUUUUGGUAUGAUGUAACUUCCUGUUUCUGGAGUAGCCAUUUUUCAGUUGUUCAAGGUGAAGGACACAUGUCAGCUCAGCUCCUCUGAAACUUUAUCUUUCCUUUUGGUGUAGCAUUGCCAUUUUACCUUCUUUUCAAUAAACCUUGCUAACUACAAGACCUGCCUCUUCCUUCAGGGAUUUGUUGAAAAGAUGAGUUUAGCUGGCUGUUGGCUUUAAGAACAGUACAGUAAAAUGGCAGCCUCUCAUCAGAAGAUGGAUGAAGAUAGAGAGAUUCAGCAAGAGCUUUCUGUACAAGAAGUGCAAAAGGGCACUGAUGAACAAUCUUUGGAGGUUAGAUCCCAGGUAUCCAGCUCUCACCGAACCAAAGACUCACAGGCUUCAGCAAUUAGCAUGGCAGCUGCGCAGGCAUGGGCAGAUGCUGAAGCAGCUAAGGCUAGAGCAGCCUACAGCAGGAAAGAAAAGGAGCUAAAAAUUGAGAAAACUUGCCUAGAAGCUGAAUUGGAGGCACUCAGUCAAGAGAGAGACGCAGACGUAGCUAUCGCUAAAGCACUCCUCAUGGAAGCUGCUGCUGCUGAAGGAAGCUCUCGUGGUAGUUUGGCAGAUUUUGAGUCAUUACCCAAGGAACAGAAUGCACAAGAGAAAGUCAGCGAAUAUGUUACUAAGCACACUCAUGUUGCAGAAAGCCAUUUAGAAGAAGAAUUGGAUUCAACCCCUCAAUCACCACAACUAACUGCCCAACCCAUGUACAUUCAUGGGCACGAUGCUUCCACUCCAGCACAACUGAGCACCCUUCCAGAUGAUGGGAUCCAGCAAUGCCUCAGACCGCAUCACGCCCAUAUUCAGCCUCCUGCAUCGCAGCCAUUUAUGCAACCUCCAGUGUCACAUCACACACGUAUGCAGCCUCCUGUAUCACAUCAUGAACACAUGCAGCCUCCUGUAUCACAUCAGAUCGACAGAGAGCAACGUGGGUCACAGUUUAACACCUUAUAUUACCAAUACUCACAGGGAGUCAACCAGCUUCACCCCAAAAGAGAACCAGGGGUUAAUUCCUAUUCACACCAUCUGUCCAGCCAGGAUGUAAACAGCAACAUAUCUAGCUAAUUUUCUGAUAAGGAGUCAGCUGGUAACAAGUGGACUGAGUCGCUUCGAUGACCAACCCGAAAACUACCUCAGCUGGAAGGCAACAUUCACCAGUGUGUUGCAGGGCUUAGAUAUCUCAGCCAACAACGAAGUUGACUUUCUCAUUAAAUGGUUAGGCCCUGAGUCAAGUCAGUUAGCACACAGGAUGAAAGCGGUUAGUAUCGGCCACCCAUCUGCUGCCCUUAGACUGAUUUGGACCAGGCUGGAGGAAUGAUAUGGAGCUCCAGAGGCCAUUGAAAAGGCAUUGUUUGCUAAACUGGAUAACUUUCCCAAGAUUUCCUACUGGGACAACCACAGGCUUAGUGAGCUGGCAGACUUGGUGCUAGAACUUGAAGCUGCUAAACAAGACAGCUACCUCCAGGGGUUAGCAUACCUGGACACAGCAAGAGGAGUUGGUCCCAUUGUGGAAAAGUUGCCAUUCUAUCUGCAAGAGAAAUGGAUGACAUUUGGAUCAAAGUAUAAGGAAGAGAAAGGAGUUGUAUUUCCACCAUUUGUAGUGUUCUCUGACUUCAUAAGAAGGGAGGCCAAGGCAAGAAAUGACCCGAGUUUCAACACCUGCAGCUCUGCAGCACCUACCUUGAAAAAGGAAAAGACAGGAAACCUAAAUAACAAAAACCAAGUCACAGUUCACAAAACCAACGUUUCCAAGGAAACAACAGAAAGUGGAACAAAGCAAACAGAGGACCCAAACGUACAUUGUCCGAUACAUAAGAAACUCCAUCCAUUAAGAAAAUGUAAGAGCUUCAGAGCUAUGCUGCUCGACGACAGGAAGAAGUUCCUGAAGGACAACAGUGUAUGUUUCCGCUGCUGUGCGUCAGUCUCACACAUGGCUAAGAACUGUGAUGUUGCUAUAAAGUGUGUAGAAUGCAACAGUGAGAAACACCUUGCCGCACUGCAUCCAGGGCCUACUCCAAAGGGACCUAAACUGCAAAGCCCCUCCAAAGACCAUGGCGGGGAGUCAAAGGAUGUGUCGGAGCAGUCUGACGAUGCAUCAAGCUCAACUGUGACGACCAUGUGCACACAAGUUUGUGGUCAGGGCUUCAAAGGCAAGUCUUGUUCAAAGAUAUGCCUGGUCAAUGUAUAUCCUGAAGGUCAUCGCGACGAGAUGAAGAGGACGUACGUGAUCUUAGAUGAUCAAAGCAAUGUUUCAUUGGCAAAGACUGAGUUCUUCGACACUUUCCACAUUGAAGGGCCAUCACUGCCAUACAUCCUCACGACAUGUGCAGGAGCCGCCAAUGUCACUGGAAGGUGGGCCAACGGCUAUGUGGUCGAGCUACUUACAGGAGAAUUGAGCAUUCCCCUUCCUACUCUGAUAGAGUGUAACAACGUUCCUAACAGUAGAGCAGAAAUUCCCACUCCAGAGGCAGCAUACCACCACAGCCACAUGCAACGCAUAGCUGACAGGAUACCUGCUCUGGAUGACUCUGCAGAGAUUUGGCUGCUGUUAGGACCAGACAUACUGCAGGUCCACAAAGUCGUCAGCAAUACAAUGGCCCACCAAGCAAACCCUUUGCCCAGAAGCAUGACCUUGGGUGUGUGAUUGUCGGCGACGUUUGUUUGAGUGGAGCUCACUCUCCAAAAACAGUGAACACAUUCAAGACAUGCUUUAUGGAAAAUGGCCAUCCAAGCUGCAUGGAUCCUUGUCUGAAUGUUGUCAGAGUCAAAGAAUACUCGAGUCAGAGCUUCAAGCAAGAUAGCCCUUGGUCAUAUGCUACUGUGCGACAAGAGGACCACCUGGGCAGAACAGUCUUCUCGAGGUCUGACAAGGACUAUCAUCUAGCGCCAUCUAUUGAUGAUCUGAUGUUCCUGCAACUAAUGGACAAAGAGUUUGUCAGGGAUGACAGCGGAAGUUGGGUAGCACCACUGCCGUUUCGGACCCCAAGGAAACUACUCCCUAACAACAAGCGGUAUAGGGCAAUUCCAUGUAAAUGUCAACCUCACCAUGCAAAAAUAAAGCAACAUGUAAUACAUCAAAACCACUCCCAGAGAUAUCACCUAGGCCUGUAUUUUACAGAUGUGAAUAAGUUGAACCAAUUUGUAACCAACCUAAUGUGUCACUGUCAGUCUUUUUCUUAUAAUGUAAAACCCAAGCUAAAAUCAACUUUGAUCAUGUACAAUUCUAUAUUAUUGCCACAAGCCACAGAAAUGUAUGCUAAAAUCCACAAAACAGCAAAACAAUAGCCAUCCUAAAUAUUAUUUAAGAACUUUGAUAGUUUUAGCUGAUAUUUAGAGAGUUUUUCAAAGGGUUAUGGUGGUUAAAUUGCUGAUUUUCUAAACAUAUGCCAUGUCUAUUUCAGACGCGUCACAUCCAUAACGGAAUUUCGUCACAUCCAUAACGCUGACUUUUCCUUCCGAAACUCUGCAUGAAAUACAAA